UAUUCAACAUUCUAUAAGUGUUGACUGCUGGAAGGGAAAGGAUGAGCUACCUUUGCAGAUGGAGAGUGACGCUAAUGAUCACUUUUCUCAUUGAUAUCUGUGAAGUUCUUCCUGUUCCAGUGCUCCGGUUCGUGAGUAACCCUGGGAACAUGACCUCGUCCCUGGGGAAGCCCGUGCAGGCGAGAUGUUCCCUCCGCGGGGACGGAGGACUCGUGGAGCCCCCAGACGUUGUGUGGCUCAGGAAUGGAGAGACGGUGGAAUACGCCGACACAAACCAAGUCCAGAUCCCUGUAGCGGACGGGAGCUGGCUCACGAUCAGCGACCUCAGAAUUGACAAUGUGGCGCUAUCAGACAUCGGAAGCUACCGUUGCAUGGCAACGGUGGGUCUGCAUGACGUCCUGUCUCAGGAAGGUCGUAUCCAGCUGGAGGGGAUUCCUCAUUUCUCUGUGGAGCCAGGCGAUGUUAGCGUGGAGGCUAACCGCCCCUUCAACCUGCAAUGUUCUGCUCACGGCCCCCCAGAACCUGUCAGGAUCAUCUGGCUGCAGAACGGAGAACCUCUCAACACCCUGCAAGACCCACUCUCCCUGUCGCCCUCCUCUCUGAACGUCACGGGCCUCAACCAGACCAGCAGAUUCUCCUGUGAGGCCCACAACAGCAGAGGGGUCGCAACCUCCGCAACAGGCUCAGUCACUGUGAUCCCCUCCCAGGCUCAGAGGCUGCGGGCGGCCGAGGCCACCCAGUCGUCCCUGCUGCUGUCCUGGGAGCCAGGCUUCGGGGGCGUGUACCCCGUGACUGUGUGCUCCAUCCAGGCCGCCCAGUCUGUCUCAGUCUCUCAGGGAAGACAGCUGCUCCACAACCGGAACGUGAACUUGCCUCCCGCCCUCUACCUCAUCCCUCGGCUGCAGCCCUACAGCUCCUACGACGUGAGGGUGUCCUGCCGGAGCAGCCAGGGGGCGUCCGCCUGGACCCCCUGGGUCACCCUGCUCACCUCAGAGGGAGUACCAGAGGAGGCACCAGCCAGCGUGCAGGCUCUGUUUAACGGAACCCAAGUCCACCUGAACUGGACGGAGCCGCCAGGCCAGCUGAACGGACUGCUGGAGGGGUACAGAGUUGAGUACAAAACCAGCAACAUGUCCCAGGCCGUGGUGGAGCCUGUCCAGCGGUCAGAGCUGGCCCUCCCCGUCUCUGGGCUCCUGGAGACGGUGAUCCUGCGAGUGUGUGCCUGCACCCGGGCUGGGUGUGGUCCCUGGAGCCCCGCCCACACCCUCCAGCACAGCCAGCCUGGUGUUUCUCCUCACCAGGUGUUCUCCUGGCACUGGUGGUAUGUGGUCAUGCUUGUGGCUGUCACGCUGGCUCUGAUUGGCUUCCUUGUUGUGUACGUCGUGAUGUCACGACACAGACAGACAUGUUUUGGGAAGGAGUUUUACCCUCUGAGGAAUAACGGGGACUUUGUGGUCCGAUACAGCGCUCGACGCUCCUACAAUCGGCAGACGAACGAAGCCACAUUGAACAGUCUGGUCAUCAGUGAUGAGUUGAAGCACAAGCUGCAAGAUGUGAUGGUGGACAGACACAAACUGACCCUGGGGAAGACGCUGGGAGAGGGGGAGUUUGGCUCGGUAGUGGAAGGCCUGCUGGUGCAUGGAGAGGCAGUUAUCAGAGUGGCCGUGAAAACCAUGAAGAUCUCCAUCUGCUCUCGCCCAGAGAUGGAGGACUUCCUGAGGGAGGCUGCGUGUAUGAAGGAGUUUGACCAUCCCAAUGUGAUGAGACUUGUUGGAGUGUGCCUGCAGACCGUUGAUAGGGGCCACUACCCAACCCCGGUGGUCAUCCUGCCCUUCAUGAAGCACGGAGACCUGCACAGCUUCCUGCUCUACUCACGCCUGGGGGACAGUCCUCUGCCGCUGUCCUGCCAGAUGCUGGUGAAGUUCAUGACAGACAUUGCGCGGGGAAUGGAGUACCUGAGCAACAAGAGAUUCAUCCACAGAGAUCUGGCCGCUCGAAACUGCAUGUUGAAUGAGAACAUGACAGUGUGUGUGGCCGACUUUGGCCUCUCUAAGAAGAUCUAUAAUGGAGACUACUACAGACAGGGGAACAUCUCUAAGAUGCCCGUCAAAUGGAUCGCCAUCGAGAGUCUGGCCGACAGAGUCUACACGACCAAGAGUGAUGUGUGGUCGUUUGGAGUGACCAUGUGGGAGAUCGCCACGCGCGGCCAGACCCCCUACCCUGGGGUGGAGAACAGCGAGAUCUACGACUACCUGAGGCAGGGGAACCGCCUCAAACAACCCCUGGGUUGCCCUGACGACAUCUACUGCCUGAUGUUCUCCUGUUGGCGGCUGAGCCCAAAGGAUCGUCCGGGGUUCGGCGCUUUACGCGGUGCACUGGAGCAGGCCCUGCAGCAGAUCCCAGAGCAGGACGAGGAUCUGCUCUACGUCAACAUGGAGGAGCCGGGGACCCUGCUGGGGGCCGUGGGGGGCUGGGAGCCGUCUGGACCCCCCCUGGCGUCUUGGAGGAGGGGCUGCCAGGCUGCUGGAGAGCCCCAGGCAGGGCGCUACGUUCUGGGUCCGCUACGCCAGGUCCAGCCCCCCUCCCUGGAUGAGUCCCAGGACAGCCUGAGCUGGAUGUGGUCCUCGUCCAACACCACCCUGCAGCUGCAGGCCUCUCCCUCCUGCUCCCCCCCAUCCUCCCUCACCCUGGCUGGGCAGGAGGGAGAGGAGGGCAGGGCAGCCUCCAGGAAAUGACAUCAAC